AUGGAACAUUGGGGUUCUUUUUCAGUAUUAACACAUUUUAAAGUCCCAAUUCAAUCAUCGGGGUUCUGUUUAUUCUAUUCAAAUAAAUUUAGACAAUUACGACUCAAUGACUUAGAAUGUGUACUAAAGAAACCAUGUAGAGAAUCAAGUUGUAAAUAUACAGAAUUUCAAGCAGGAUUAUAA